AUGGAAAAGCAAAACUGCUCUGGAAAUAACUUGGACUCAGAAUUCCGCUACAUGCUCUUUCCCAUCUUCUAUAGCCUAGUUUUUGUAGUAGGAUUGGCAGCAAAUGUAUAUGUCCUCUUUGUUUUGCAUUUCAUGCGUGAAGCCAGGGCCAUGAAUGAGAUGCGCAUCUACAUGACCAACCUCACCAUAGCUGAUCUGCUCUUCAUCUGUGUGCUUCCACUGUGGAUUACUUAUUACAGUAAUCAUGGUGACUGGACCUACCCAGACUUUCUGUGCCGCAUCUCUGGCUCAUUGUUCUUUAUUAACACCUACUGUUCUGUACUUUUUCUUAUGGUUAUAAGCAUUAAUCGCUACUGGGCUGUCACUCAACCACUGGUAGCUGCCUCAUCUGAUUGCUGGAGGCGCGGCACAGUAAUCUCCAUUAUUGUCUGGGUUGUCACUCUGGGAGCAUCAGCUAACUGGCUUGCAAUGCCUGGCAAACAGGAAGUCAAUAUAUCAAAUGAAAUAAUUUCACGAUGCUUUGAAGGUUAUGAAAACAAUACAUAUAGCAAGCACAUUGCCAUGAUCCACUUCACUAUCAUUGGGUUGUUCUUCACAGUCUUUUCACUUGUUGUAUUUUUCAACAUGCUUAUUGCUCGCACUCUUCUAGCACAGCCCUUCAGCCAGCCACGUUCCAGCACAGGAAGGCGGCCACAUGGUACCAAACGCCGUGCCGUGCGGAUGCUGUGUGCGGUUGUAGGUGUGUUUGUGGUAUGUUUUGUUCCACAUCAUGUUGUGCAGGGGCCCUGGGUGCUAGCUGUGCUUAAUCUGACUAAUUGGAGUAAGGACGUCUGUCAGCAUUUGAAUGAUGCCCACCAGGUAACACUGCUCCUUAUGGGGUUAAACUGUGUUCUGGACCCCAUCGUUUAUUGUUUUGCCACCAGAAAGUUCCGCAAAUACAUUCAGGACACCCUACAGAGAGUGAAAGAGGGAAAAAACUGCUUCAUUAAAACCAACACUUCUAGGUGGUUUGUGAAAGCUAGAAGACAGAGUGAAGUGCUCAGUGUCUUUCAGGAAUAAAAAGAGAGAGUAGAAAAUUUUUUCAAGAA